GGCCACACAGAAGCUGGUGUCCACACAGGCAGCCGCCAGGCUGUGACGACUGCCACCUCGCCUCCAGCACCUCUGGGCAUCCAAGUGCCCGCAAGAACACAUAUAUAUAUCAGCUCAGAGAGUGCACCUACUGACCUAAAGAUCCCUGCCAGAGACGCCAAGGGUGAAAGGCCAAAGGUGAAAGGCCGGCGGCAGACAGCCAGUGACACCAUGUCUGUGACCAGUGGGAAGACAAGACCAUCCCUGACCCAGGAGAUCCUCAGCCACCUGGGCCUUGCCAACAAGACUGCAGCUUGGGGGACCCUGGGCACCCUCAGGACAUUCUUGAGCUUCAGCGUGGACAAGGAUGUGCAGAGGCUGCUGAGGGCAAUUGCAAGCCAAGGUGUGGACCGCAGCACCAUCGUGGGUGUGCUGACCAAUCGGAGUAGGGAACAAAGACAGCUCAUCUCUCGAGCCUUCCAGGAGCGCACUCAACAGGACCUGGUGAAGUCCCUGCAGGCAGCACUCUCUGGCAACCUCGAGAGGAUGGUGAUGGCUUUGCUGCAGCCUGCAGCCCAUUUCGAUGCCCAGGAAUUGAGGACAGCUCUGAAGAACCCAGGUUCCACUGAGGAUGUGGCUGUGGAAAUUCUUGCUACCCGAAGCCCACCCCAGCUGCAAGAGUGCCUGACAGUCUACAAACAUAAUUUCCAGAUGGAGGUGGAGAAGGACAUCAAAUCUGAGACCAGUGGCAUCUUGCGGGACCUGCUCCUGGCCCUGGCCAAGGGGGCCCGUGAGAGCUAUUCUGGAAUCAUUGACUACAACCUGGUGGAGGACGAUGUCCAGGCAUUAAAGCAGGCUGAAGGGCCCGGCACAGAGGGCACAUGGGUCAUAAUAUUCACGCAGAGAAAUCCUGAACACCUUGUCCGAGUGUUCGAUCAGUACCAGCGGUGCAGUGGGCACGAGCUAGAGAAGACCAUCCAGAACAUUUUCCACGGAGAUGACCAGGCGGCUCUGCUCAGCCUAGUCUCCGUGAUCAAGAACACACCGCUGUACUUUGCUGAUAAACUCCAUCAAGCCCUCCAGGACAUGGGGCCCAAUUACCAAGUCCUGAUGCGCAUCCUUAUCUCUCGAAGUGAGACUGACCUUCUAAGCAUCCGAGCUGAGUUCAAAAAGAAAUUUGGGAAGUCCCUCUACUCUUCUCUCCAGGAUGCAGUGAAAGGGGACUGCCGGUCUGCCCUACUAGCCCUGUGCAGGGCUGAAGACCUUUGAGACCUCCCUGCCCUCCCUGUUCCACCACAGACAUUCAAGGAUAUGAGAUCCCCAUGUUUGGCUGGGCCUGCAGGAAACCAGCUGGGCUCCAAAUAAGAUAACCCCUCACUGAACACCACAUGCUCCAGCUUCUUGUGGAGGCUAGAAUUUGAAGUUUCUUUCAAGUCCCUUAAUUUCUUCAUCUCAAAGUGAGGUCUAUAUGUGGGUCCCCUAGCUCUGUCCUGGGUAUAGACAUCUCUUUGAUGGUUUCUGCCCUAUUCAUCCUUCCAGCACCCUGGCCAAAACAUCUCACUGAUUCUUGAAUUCUUUUGGCAAACUUCGCUGUUGUUUGUGUGCCCUGAUUAGAGUUUGGGUGGAGCAGGACAUGGGCUGGGAGGAGGUCUUGAAGUUGGAGGUGCCUUUGAUGUGCACUUGCAUAUGCAACAGGGAUCCUGUUUGACACUCCAGUGCUGCAGUAAGCAAUAAGCCCCUCCCCUCAAGGUCCCCCCUUCCCCCAUUAUUCUCUCUUCCCCAGGAAAUUUCAGGCAAAGAAACAGAAACAGGAGCCAGAAUGAGGUCAGAAAUGGUCAGAAGUAGCAAAGAACCAUCUGAUCGCGCUGCCCUCCCCCGCCUGGAAAGUCUUACGUUAAGGGAGCACAACCCCCAAAUUGCAUCUGUCCAAAGCAGGGACUUGGAAACCCACCUCCCAAACUGGAUUCCCAUUGAAGAUCUAUCAAAGACUGAUAAACAGAAACAAAAAAAAGAAACAAAAAAAGCAGGCUUUGGUUCCCCCUGCUGGCCCUAUUCGAAAUGACAAGCA